AAGCUGCUCUGUGAUUGGCUGAUCGUAGACGUGUCCUCCGUCACCGCGAAAACCGCCACAGGGAGGAAACCGCUCGUUUAUUACAGAGCUGUAUUGUCCAAAUUUCAUCAAAAUUGUCCUUGCGUGUUUGAGUUGGUUUGUUCACAGUUUUUCCUUCAAUGGGAGGUCAUUUCGGAGAACGUCUGGGGAGAAAGAAGAUCUAGCUGCCCAUGACGUCUGUGCAGAAGGGACCCGGAAUACUAUUGUGUCCGUGGAGUCGUUCACACGCAACUAAAGCUGUAACUUCCACGCGUGUUGGCUUCAUGACUGGCUUCUUUUGGGAACACUAUCAGUUGUUUUUACUGCUAGAUAAAGUAUGAAUGACAGUCGUUGUUGCACCUGGCUUGUUGUAAAGGGAAAAUAAACAAACACGAAAAAACAUUUUUACAAAAGUUUGUUAUAAAGCAAUAGAAGACGACGCGUUACCUCAAUAGCCUUUCUUUUUCUGUACUUUCAUCGUGGAGAAAAGUGCUGAAUUAUAUUUAUUAGAAUAACAAAAUAAAAACAGAGACCAUUUUAAUUACACACAUACAUUGCGUUGAAUAUUACACUUGUCUUUGAAACAACCAUUGCUAACCAGGAGACAUAAGCAUUCCCUGAUCACAGACAAUAUUUCUACAGAAUCUGGCAAUAAAGCGGAAGAAGAGGUUUACCCUUUAUUACUCUUUCCUUGCCAAAUGCAAAAAACACAAUAAUGAAGUUUUAACGAGACACGGACGUAAUUUCCCCUUGACUUCAAGUAGUCGGUUGACCUCGCUACCCGCUAAACAUUCGGGCCCCCUCAGCACCACCAGGACAUCAUGAGUCUACGGGACAUGAGGCUGCUAGCUGCCGCCUACCCAGGAGCAUUCGCCGCUGUGAGCUCAAUGGCCGCGGUGGGUGCCGGCUUCCACCCACACCACCCUGCACAUCCACACCACCCAGGCUUCCCAGGGGCUUCCUUCCCGCCCUUCUCCUACCCGAGCCCGGUCGACCAGAUGGCUGCCCUGGACUGCUCGGUGAGGCAUCACCACCAGCGACUUCUGCAAGAAGAGAACUCGGCGAGGGUGUCUGCUGCUGCUGCCGCUGCUGCUGCUGUGGCUGUUUCUGCUGGAAGUCCUCCCACGUCCUCCAGUGCCGCCAUCAUAGAGGGUCUCAUGGGGGACAGGAAGACGCCGCAUCGCUCCUCACCUGUUUCCGGUAACGAUUUGGGACAGAUGAACUUUCUGGAGACUUCUGAAGGAAGCAAGAUGGCAGACAGUUUGAACGUUGCUGGAGUGUGUGACGAUUCGAAGGACGGCCCGGGUAGCAAGCGGAGACGUACGCGGACCAACUUCACGGGCUGGCAGCUGGAAGAACUGGAGAAGGCUUUCCAAGACUCUCACUACCCGGACGUCUUCAUGAGGGAGGCACUGGCUCUCAAGCUCGACCUGGUGGAGAGCAGAGUGCAGGUGUGGUUCCAGAACAGAAGGGCUAAAUGGCGUAAGAAAGAAAACACGAAGAAGGGUCCAGGACGGCCCGCACACAACGCCCAUCCCCAAACCUGCAGCGGGGACCCGAUGGACGAAGAAGAAAUACGCCGAAGAGAGCAGGACAGAAUGGAGAAGAAGAGGAAGAAACAAGAGGAACGAAUGAGGAAGCUGGAGGAAAAGAGGAAAUCUAUCAAUGGGAUGACGUUAGAGGAGAGAACAAAAGCUGGGAUAGGUCCAGGGGUGAGAAUUCAUGGGGAUCACUUCCUGUCGCCCACAGCUUCCAAUUCUGGGAACGACACGAGCUGCGAUAGCUUCAGCGACCAUAACGUCUCUGCCAUGUCUUCUGAACAGCGCGACAGACAAACAACCGCGGCGGAAGCUCAAGCGUUAAUGAACGCACCCCCAAGUGCGCACGGAAACGCGAUGGGAAACAAAGCGGGUGCGUUCAGUAUCGAGCGACUUCUGGAGGCGCCCAAAGUCCCCAGAGGGAGACGACCCAAUUCCAAGUACCCGCUCGUUCAGGCAUGUAAGUCGCUGGGGACACUAGGCUUGGGUUUUCUCCCUUUCUUCCCAUUCACCCAGCCUAUGGGGUUUCUGGUUCAGCAACUGAAGCAGCGGGAGAGUCCUUAUUUGACCUCUGGUGGUUUGGACAAUCUAAACAACACUGUGAUCAGCAACGCUAGCAAGACAAGCGAUGACAAUAAUAACAAAAGCGAAAACAGCGAUGACAAUGGCAUUGUGAACAUAACAGAACAACCAGACAUUGAUAUAGAGAACGAGAGACGUUUGUCUCCAAGCAAUACAUUUGAGGAAGAUGUACUUUUUAAAUCUUCGGACACAAGAGGAGAAGAGAACUCUCGGUGUAUGGACGCUUCCCGGGAAAUUUCAGACAUGCACAGUCGGGACUGCAGCAUUAGCGACCCGGAAGAGCCCCGUGAUAUAGAAUUAGAGGUGUCGAACGAAGGCCGCCAUGAUAGGCAAAGAAAUGAGCAAAGAGAAUCCGACGUAAAUCAGAAUAACACUAUAGAUAAAAGACAUUUUGGGGAAGUUGCUACGUCUUUGGCGAUCAGAGGGACUAGGAUAGAUCUCCAUAAUGUAUUCAGCUCUGUUCCUGACACCACCACCCAAUCACAGGAUGACAGUAAUUACGUCAGCAUAGAUGAGGGUGAUACCGCAGUGAAUCUGAGCAUGAGCAGUGACACCAACAACAACAGCAACAACAACAAUAGCGAAAGUAGUACCACCUUCAACAAUAUCAACAACAACAACAACAACAACAACAACAACAACAACAACAGUAGCAGUCAUAAUAGCAGCAAUUACAGUAACAUUAAUGAUAACGAAACUGAUAAUGAUUUUAAUAAGAAUAACGAUGUAAUCAGAAUGACUAAAAGGAGACUAGAGAAUACUCACGACUUCUCCUCUGAAGACAAUGAUACCAAUAUACUCGAGUUGAGGAGAAAGAAAGAAGUGAUUGGGCCUCUGAUUGUAGCAUAAGGAGGCACACCUUGAUACAGUACUAGGUAGCAACUAUAGAUUUGGUCAUUUAAAAAACAUAUUAAUAUUAAUUGUUGAAAAAAUAUCUGUGUUGAGUGGUUUUGGUUUACAUGCAAUAAUGCGUUGAUUUUCUCGAGUACACAGUCUUUGCUAUUUAUUGUUGAACAUGCUCAGAGGUUAUAAAUUAUCUAUAACCACAUGCCUGUAAACAGGAUAAUAUUUCCAGUGAUUUUUAUAAUACGCCUUGAACGUUUGAGUUAAACUGAACAAAAUGAAUCGUAUUUUAGUGAUACGAAAUACUGGCGCAGUGGAAACUCUAAGUCUAAAUAUGGGAAGGGCUCAUGUAUCAUAUUGUGUGCAUCCCCUCCUUAACAACAUAGAAAGGACUCUCCUGGCCACCGAUGGAAACUGUUUUACUUUAUUUUUUCUUUGAAAAGUGCCAUAAAUCAGUCAGUAUGACAUUUCACAAUUCUUAACUAUUGCAUUACUUACAUUGCUAAGUGUGGAUAUGCCCAGUGUGCUUAUGUUCAAACUUGCUCAAACUCCGGUGUUACAGAAAUGUUUAGGGUUUUGCAAAUCUGUGAAUAUCUCCAAAGGUUCGUUGAGUGCACGAUGUAUAUUCAAAGCAGUAUGGGCAUACUAGAUCUCAACAAGACACUAGUUCUGUUCCACUAUAAGCUGUGCUUAUGUCAGUGUGCUGUACAAUAUAUACACCUAUUAAGUAUAAACACAGUGAGUUUUUAAAAAUUCUUUUUCUGUUUAUUUUUGACUUCGAGAACGUGUAUUUUGAAGCACACUUGACGAUAAUUAUAGAAUACAGUAGAACCUCACUAAUUUGGAGAUUAAAAAAAGAUGUUUCCUCUUAAAAUAGAGUUGGACAAAAUGUCGUUUAUUUAAUGCAAGCUUUUAGAAUCUAAUGCAAUGAGUCAUCGUCAUAGUCAUGAUGGUUCAACCGUCUCUCUCCAAGAAACAAACGUAUCAUUACCAUCAAUGCUGACACAGAAACCAUCAUGACGAUCCCACUUUUACCAUUACCACCACCUAACCAUCAAUAUCAUCAUCAUCAUCAUCAUCAUCAUCAUCAUCAUCAUCAUCAUCAUCAUCAUCAUCAUCAUCAUCAUC